CUGGCUACGACCUCUGUCCCGUCCCGGGUCCGCUGGGAUCGGAUCUCAGAAGCCGCGCUCCCCGCUCCCCGUGCCCGUUCUCUUUGGCUCCUUCCACUGCCAUGAAGAUCGCAGUGAUUGGGCAGAGCCUGUUUGGCCAGGAGGUCUACUGCCACCUGAGGAAGGAGGGCCACGAGGUGGUGGGCGUGUUCACCAUCCCAGACAAAGAUGGGAAGGCAGACCCCCUGGGUCUGGAGGCUGAGAAGGAUGGAGUGCCGGUGUUCAAGUUCCCCCGCUGGCGGGCACGAGGACAGGCUCUUCCUGAUGUAGUGGCCAAGUACCAGGCUUUGGGUGCUGAGCUCAACGUCCUGCCCUUCUGCAGCCAGUUCAUCCCCAUGGAGGUGAUCAACGCCCCCCGUCAUGGCUCCAUCAUCUACCACCCAUCUCUACUGCCCAGGCACAGAGGGGCUUCUGCCAUCAACUGGACCCUCAUUCAUGGAGAUAAGAAAGGGGGCUUUACCAUCUUCUGGGCCGAUGAUGGUUUGGACACGGGGGAUCUUCUACUCCAGAAGGAGUGUGAGGUGCUCCCGGAUGACACCGUGAGCACCUUGUACAACCGCUUCCUCUUCCCCGAAGGCGUCAAAGGGAUGGUGCAGGCUGUGAGGCUGAUUGCCGAGGGCAAAGCCCCCCGAUUCCCUCAGCCUGAGGAAGGAGCUACCUAUGAAGGAAUUCAGAAGAAGGAAACAGCCAAGAUCGACUGGGCGCAGCCAGCAGAGGCCAUUCACAACUGGAUCCGAGGGAAUGACAAGGUGCCGGGUGCCUGGACGGAGGCCUGUGGACAGAAGCUGACAUUUUUCAACUCAACAUUGAACACGGCAGGCCUGGUGCCUGAGGGAGAAGCCUUGCCCAUCCCGGGAGCCCAUCGGCCAGGCGUGGUCACUAAAGCAGGACUCAUUCUGUUUGGGAAUGAUGACAGAAUGCUGCUGGUGAAGAAUAUCCAGCUGGAAGACGGUGGGAUGAUCCCAGCCUCGCACUUCUUCAAGGGAGCAGCCAGCAGUGCCCUUGAACUGACGGAGGCAGAGCUGCUCACGGCAGAGGCUGUGCGGAGUGCUUGGAAGAGGAUCCUCUCCAACGUGCCAGAAAUCGAAGACACCACAGAUUUCUUUAAGUCGGGGGCUGCAUCUGUGGACAUUGUGAGGCUGGUGGAGGAAGUGAAGGAGCUGUGUGACGGCCUGGAGUUGGAAAAUGAAGAUGUUUACAUGGCCACUACCUUUGGGGCCUUCAUCCAGCUCCUGGUCAGGAAGCUGCGGGGGGAGGAUGAGGAGAGCGAGUGCGUCAUCGACUAUGUAGAGUGUGCUGUGAACAAGCUGACUCUCCAAAUGCCCCACCAGCUCUUCAUCGGGGGCAUGUUUGUGGAUGCCGAGGGCAACAAGACCUAUGAUACCAUCAACCCGACUGACGGAAGUGUCAUCUGCCAGGUGUCCCUGGCUCAGGUCAGCGAUGUUGACAAGGCAGUGGCUGCAGCGAAGGAGGCCUUUGAGAAUGGACUGUGGGGGAAGAUCAACGCCAGGGACCGGGGCCGGCUCCUAUACAGGUUGGCAGAUCUCAUGGAGCAGCACCAGGAAGAGUUGGCCACCAUCGAGGCCCUGGAUGCAGGUGCUGUCUACACACUGGCCCUGAAGACCCACGUGGGCAUGUCCAUCCAAACCUUCCGCUACUUUGCCGGCUGGUGCGACAAGAUCCAGGGCUCCACCAUCCCCAUUAACCAGGCCAGACCCAACCGCAACCUGACCUUGACCAGGAAGGAGCCUAUCGGGGUCUGUGGCAUUGUCAUCCCGUGGAACUACCCCCUCAUGAUGCUGUCCUGGAAGACAGCGGCCUGCCUGGCAGCAGGGAACACGGUGGUGAUCAAGCCAGCCCAGAUGACCCCACUCACAGCCUUGAAGUUUGCAGAACUGACAUUGAAGGCUGGCAUUCCUAAGGGCGUGAUCAACAUCCUUCCUGGAUCUGGCUCGCUCACUGGCCAGAGACUCUCAGAUCACCCCGAUGUGAGGAAAAUUGGGUUCACAGGCUCCACCGAGGUGGGAAAGCACAUCAUGAAAAGCUGCGCCCUGAGCAAUGUGAAGAAGGUCUCCCUGGAGCUGGGCGGGAAGUCACCCCUCAUCAUCUUUGCGGAUUGUGACCUAGGCAAGGCUGUGCAGAUGGGGAUGAGCUCCGUGUUCUUCAACAAAGGGGAGAACUGCAUUGCGGCUGGGCGGCUCUUCGUGGAGGACUCCAUCCAUGACGAGUUUGUGCGGAAGGUGGUGGAGGAGGUUGGAAAGAUGAAGAUCGGCAAUCCCCUGGACAGGGACACCAACCACGGGCCACAGAACCACCAGGCCCACCUGAGGAAGCUGGUGGAAUACUGCCAGCGUGGCGUGGAGGAAGGGGCCACGCUGGUCUGCGGAGGGAAACAAGUCCCUCGCCCAGGCUUCUUCUUUGAGCCAACUGUGUUCACGGAUGUGGGGGACCACAUGUUCAUUGCCAAGGAGGAGUCCUUUGGGCCCAUCAUGAUCAUCUCUCGGUUCGCUGACGGGGACAUGGACACUGUGCUGUCACGGGCCAACGCCACAGAGUUCGGCCUGGCCUCUGGCGUUUUCACCCGGGACAUCAACAAGGCCCUCUAUGUCAGCGACAGGCUCCAGGCAGGCACUGUGUUUGUCAACACCUACAACAAGACCGAUGUGGCUGCUCCCUUUGGAGGAUUCAAGCAGUCUGGAUUUGGCAAAGACCUAGGUGAGGCCGCCCUGAAUGAGUAUCUCCGCAUCAAGACGGUGACUAUUGAAUACUAGUGCCAGGACUCCGUGAGAGGAAAGGCCGCAGCCACGCACCCUCUCCACGCCUGCUACCUUCACACCCCAACCCAGUGUGCACCGCCACUGCGUGGGCACGGGAGGCUUCUGCCAGCACUGUGUUGGGACAGACGGGCCGAAUGAGGAGUGGUCCCAGAGCAAAUAAAGACUUGGAGCAGA